AUGGCCGAGACCGCAUGGCUGGAGAAGAGCGCCGGGCUUGGACAGCCAAGCACCGAAGCGCCGGUGAAUGACUCCUUGUCAGAACAUUCCGAUGUCUCGGUGCCAUCAAUCCAGCUGGACAAGGUGCAAGAUGUGCAUAGUCGCACCGGGUCGCGUGCGUCCCACGAAUCGCAUGUCUCUGAUGGCAGCGAUCCAUUGUCGCCGUUGGAACUAGCCCUCUUCCCGGGCUACGGCGUAGACGACGAGGAUUAUGACCGGGAAGCCAUUAGUCACAUCCGAACAACUACGAGCAUCGGUAGUUCCGCCUCGCGGCCUCCAGAUUUCGAAGUGGUCUUCGACGACGAUGACCCGGAGAAUCCUCGAAACUGGCCACGCUGGUAUCGUUCCUGGCUGAUUUUUUGCAUAUCAUUUACCACCUGGGUAGUGGUCUUCUACAGCACGAGCUACACAGCCUCGCUAUCCGGACUGAAAGACGAGUUCGGCCUCACUAGUACCACGGUUGCGACACUCGGAGUUACGACGUAUCUCCUAGGCCUCGCGUCUGGAAGUCUGCUUGUGGCUCCAGCAAGCGAGUUGUGGGGGAGGCAGCCUGUCUAUCUCAUAUGCAUGGUAAUCUUUACCAUCCUCGUGAUACCAUGUUGUCUGGCGACCUCGCUAGCAGAGAUCAUCGUCGUGAGAUACUUUGGUGCUGUGUUUGGCGCUGUCAUGGUGUCCAAUAGUGCAGGCACCGUGGUGGAUAUCUCGACGGAAGAGACAAGAGCGAUGGUGAUGUCCCUGUGGUCUAUCGCCCCGUUGAAUGGCCCGGUAACAGGUCCUCUCAUUGGAGGCUUUGUGUUUCAGUAUCUCGGAUGGCGAUGGGACAACUGGCUCGUCUUAAUUCUUGCUGGAGUCGCAUCCGUCCUCAUGUUUACCGCCAAAGAGACGUAUGCGCCAAUGAUUCUCCAGCGGAAGGCGGCCCGAAUUCGCAAGGAGACUGGUGACGAAAGGUAUUGGUCUCGCUAUGACAACAAGGUCUCAAAGGUGGAACUGCUUAAAGUCAACCUCAUGCGCCCAUUCAUACUGGCCUUUACGGAGCCGAUCCUGUGGUUCUUCAACCUUUGGAUUUCCUUGAUCUAUGGCAUCUUGUAUCUGUGCUUUGUGGCCUACCCGAUCGUCUUUCAGCAGUACCGUGGCUGGGGGCCUGGGAUAUCGGGUCUGGCAUUCGUUGGCAUUGGAACAGGCACCAUGCUGGUCAUUUUUGGUGAACCGCUUCUCCGGAAGAUCAUCAACGCGCACCCCAAGGACCCGAAGACUGGCAAGGUACCACCAGAGGCGACAGCGAGGGUUAUGAUUAUGGGAGCAAUUUUGACGCCCAUCGGCCAGUUAGUGUUCAGCUGGACCUGCCUACCCGCAACAAUCCACUGGGCAAUCCCAAUUGCAUUUGGAAUUCCGUUCGGUGCUGGUAAUACCAUGAGCUUCAUAUACGGCAGCAACUAUCUGGCCGGUGCUUACGGGAUUUACGCCGCCUCAGCUCUGGCAGGAAAUGCUGUUACGCGCAGCAUGUUUGGUGGUACGCUGCCGCUGGCCGGGCCUAGCAUGUACGCCACACUCACGCCCCAGUGGGCGGGCACCCUUCUGGGUCUACUAGAGGUGGCCAUGAUACCGAUACCAAUCAUCUUCUACAAGUAUGGCGAGAGAAUUCGGGCAAAGAGCCCCGUAAUUCGGCAGAUGAGAGAAGACACCGAGAAGAACGAGCGCCGAGCCGAAAGAGCGCAGAAACGAAAGGCGAAGCUGGCUGAACAUGCAGCUGUGGCGACCCUCGGAGGUGUGACGGAGCAGGACGUCGAGAAACAGGCUGGAGCGCUGGCAGUUGAUGGAACGCCUGCCAGGACAAAAGGUGAGACAUCACCUUGA